CUCCUAUAUAUAUAUAUAUGCUCCAUCGACAUGUAGCUUAAUAUUUAUUUUCAUCAUCAUAAAAAUAGGUUUCCUCCAAAUUAUGAGCUGCUUUUCCGAAAUGAUUCUUGAACAAGAUUUGACGAUAUCGAAUGAGGCUGUUUUGGAAAGCCCUCAACUUGUAACGAAAAAGAGGCGAAGAACAUCAAAAUCAGGUCCCAAACAAAACGAAGAAAACAAAGUAAGCGAUGAGCUGAGGAAAACUACGCAUAGAGAAAUUGAGAGGCAAAGAAGGCAAGAAAUGUCUACUCUUUACGCCUCACUUCGAGAACUUCUCCCUCUUGAAUACAUCAAGGGGAAACGGUCGGUCUCUGAUCACAUGCACGAGGCCGCAAGUUACAUAAAGGAUAUGGAGAAGAAGAUAGAGGAAUUGCAGUUGCGGAGAGAUGAGCUGAAAAAUGCAUCGGCUUCAAAUACUACUUUUGAUCUGCCAAAUUUUGUAACGGUGAAUUGUUGUUGUGAUGGGCUUGAGAUUUUGAUCAACUGUGGUGUCAAAGAGGGUUAUGGAUUUUCCCUAUCAAGAGUGAUUGUGGAAUUGACUCACAGCGGACUCGAUGUAGUCACCUGCAUUUCAAACAAAGUGAACGGCAGAUUCUUGUACAAAAUCCAUACUCAGGUAAAUGCUUUGGCAUAUAUUAAUCUGGCUGAGCUGCAGCAGAGGCUCGCGUAUGAGAUCAAUUAAUAGUCGUUGAAUCUUUUGGGGAUCAAUUUUGACUUUUGUGGCAAGAUCAAUCGAAAUUUGCUUGGGCUUCUCUAAAUAGUCUGCUGGAGGUAAAUAUUUGGAUGUUUGGGAUUUUAUUAAUUUGGAGUUCUUAGUGGAAAUUAAGUUCGAUUGAAUCGUCGUCGAUCAAGAAUGUGUUAGUACAGCUUGUAAGAAAUACUAUAUCUUCAUAUUGUACAUAAAAAAUUUGUACUAAAAAUAUUUAAUCAUCUUUGCCCUAGUCUCAAUAGAAACCUUGGAAGAUGAGGCAUUUCAGCGA